UACACAACACUGAGUGCGGUGGUAUGUCAUGGAUCACAAAUCCAGUGAAACAGAGCACUGAAACAGGAGCUAGCCUUAAACUAGCAUGUCUUAGAUGUUCUGCAGUAAUGUGAUCCAAACCACAGGCUUUACUAUCAAAUACUUUAUGAAUGGCUUCAUAUACCUCAGGUGUCAAUACACUCUUAGGUCCAUUGUUGUAUAGUGUAGUGUAAUGUUGUCUCCAUAGUGCUGCAGUAUUAUCUGCCCCAAAAACUCCUUCAGCCGUAUACAGUAGAGGUGGUUUUUUAGUUGUUACCGCUUUCCAAAAAUCUGCAUUUUCCCAUGGAUCCAUCGGAGCAGAGUAACAGAUGGGGAUCAAACCACCAACCUCCUGAUUGGUAGGCAACAUGCUAUACCACCUGAGCUAGGCCACCCCAGUGCUUACAUUGGACAACAAACGGUUUACCACCUUCAUGCAGAGCAGUCACUGUAUCAUCAUACAAGGAACAAAGUUUAUGUUAAGGCUGAAGAUGCUGACGUUGGACAUCCUGCUCAAAAUCGAUUCUUUAGGCAAAUAAAUGUUGUUUAGUUAUUUAUUUUAUUAUUAUAAAAACCAAGAAGUCAUCUUCACUAAAUGCUCUAAUCUUACACUGGCAGCAGUGUGUUAUUAGUGACAUGAUUAUUAGCAGUUGUUGCUGGAAGUUGUUCCAUAUUUACAGUAAAACCCACAGGUAUAUGGUCUGACACUGCUACCCCAGACUUACAGUCAUGUUUUCUAAUCCUGCAUGUCAAUCAGCUGUACUGAUGCAAUGAUCCAGCCAUGAUGAAGUAUAACAAGCUUCACUUAUUCGGCAACUGUCUUUGAGCAGUAACACUUUGGUAGACAGGAUAAGAAGUCGGAAGGAUCAGCGUUAAAAUCACCCACAGCAUGUGUGAGUACUGUUAUCCAGAAUAAAUGAGAAAUAAGAGCCAGCCUAAUGAGAUAGUCCUCGUCAUUUUCACAAGUUUCAUAGGGAGGACAACCAAACUCUUGUUAUUCUGUGUAUAUUGUACACCACUCUAUAUCCAGCCUAAUGGGCUUUAUCGCAGCCCUGGUAUUCUGGUCUGACUGCAGCUUCUACACUGUGACAAGAAUGACAGACGUGUUUCUGACAUUUUACAGGUCUAGUUUAAAUUCCUGCACUUGUGUUUUCAGCACAGAGGCUCCACAGCGUGUUCAAAACUUUCCAGGACUCCUUCAGUGUUUACAGCCUCGCAGCUUUCAGAACAUGAACGUGAAAAUGAAAGUGAGAGCGGGAAGAGAAAGCAAUGACAUCAUCGCUGCACAGAGAUGUUUUACAGUUUCUGUUUUGAGUUUCUUAACCAAUCAGAGCACUUCUGGUUGGUUUUAAUAACAAUAAUAACAAUAAUAAUAAUGAUAAUGAUAUGAAGGAGAGUCGGUCUAAGGUCAGGUUCUUCUCUCUCAUCAGAUCUGCUGAUUUCAGGUGUGCUGUCAUUAUUUCACUGGAAGUAAAAUAAAGUGAAAUGUGAGUGACAGGAACACGUUUAUACACGAGUCUGAUGUCGUCCUCUUGUCCAAACGCUGAAAACUAGCCAGUCUUUAAUAAUCUGAGCACACCUUCAGCACCUGCAAGAUCCACCAAUCGGCGCCCAGCCUCACUCACCGGUCUGAAGGUACUUUUGCCCAAGAAGGAAAAUGAAAGACGGACUUUCUUUUCAAUAUUUCCGUUUCCUGUUUGUAAAAUAAAAGCCUGAACUCUGCUGCCAGCAUGGACACACACUCUCGCACAGCAUCUUCAUCGUUUUCGUCAUGGUCACCUGGACCGGCCUUCUCUUCGUCCUCUGCGGCGCCCUGACCUCUGCCCUCUGCUGUGAUUGGCUCACACACUACAAACAACCGAGCAAAGAAGCCCGGGACCUCCUCACUCUCAUGGGCGAUCAGCUGACUGAACAGCACCCUUCAGGUCAUCCGGUUCGAUUCCCAAAACAUCUCUACAAGCAAAUGAGAAACUCUGAAGUGGAGUCAAAGCUGGUUUUCAUCAGAGACAGUCUGCAGCUUAUUUUCUGUCUGUAUCGCCAUGACAACCUGUCAGCCGCUCCCUGGGGCGCCGACAAGACGGAGGGCUUCCUGACGGUCAUCCACAGACAGAUCACGGAACUGAGCGCGUGUGUUUCGACCAACAGUCCAGCCAACAGCAGACUGAGGAGCUACUACAGGACUCUGGCCAACAGUACUCUGUCUUGCUCUGGCUGCAGUACUGCGUCGUGGCAGCUGCUCAGGAAGGAAACCAAACUGCGCCUGGAUCAGCUGGAGCUGCUCGUUGCCUCCAUCAGAGUUCCAGCUUCUGCCAGCAGGAGGCGCUCUGCAGCAACGCAACAGCAACAGCAACAGCAACGUGACACUGACACAAUAUCUGAAGACUGUUUCUGAUGUUCCUAUCUCUAUUUAUUUAUGUAUGUAUUUAUUUAUGUAUUUAUUUGGAAUAUUUAUUUAUUUUUCUACAUAUUUGUUCAAACACUGUUUGUUUGUUUAUUUGUUACUUCGGAGUAACUCAGUGGUUUAAGUACAGAAACUUUGUCUUUAGUCACUCUGUCACUCUGAAUUUUUACUUUAGAUUGGUCUUAUAUAUUUAUUUUUUUGUAUUAACAUUUCAUGUUUUACUUUUUUAAAAUUAUUGAAUUAUUAAAGUUAUUGAAAUA